CUCCCCCCAUAUGUGAAAGGAGCUUCUCCUGCUGACUUUGCAUUAAGAGUCUCUGUAUAUUCCUGCUCCUCUGGUUUAACCAGUGUGCCGCCGACUCCCCACACUCAAGCAGCAGAAACGAGUCAGGAUCCACUCACCAGGAUGAAGAAGAAGUUGUUGAUGGAUGUGGACACUGGGGUGGAUGAUGCUCAGGCCAUCAUGGUGGCCCUGGCAGCCCCCAAUGUGGAGGUCCUGGGGAUCACUUGUUGCCACGGAAACACAUCGCUGGAAAACGUUCUCAAGAACACGCUACGUGUCCUGAAAGUCUGCAACAGGCUGGACAUCCCAGUGUACCGUGGCUGCUCACAGCCUCUGGUGGCUCAGAAACUCCACGCUGGGGAUUUUCAUGGGAAGGACGGACUGGGAGAUGCUCCAGAUCCACACGCUCCAGGCCUAGAGCUGCUGCAGGAGGAAAAAGCUGUGCAGGCCAUCAUCAGGAUCGUCAAUGAAAAUCCUGGAGAGGUGACUCUGGUUGCCACGGCACCCCUUACUAACCUGGCUGUCGCUGUUGAAGUGGACCCCUCCCUCCCUGAGAAACUGAAGGCUCUGUACAUCAUGGGAGGAAACACUGAGUCCCGGGGUAAUAUCACACCAUGUGGAGAGUUUAACUUCGUGGCUGACUCUGAGGCCGCACACAUCGUGUUGGACCGCUACACCUGCCCUACCUACAUCGCCACCUGGGAGUUCAGCUGCAGGAACAUCCUGCCCUGGUCUUUCUGUGACACUUGGCUGGCCCAAGACUCAGACAAGGCUCGUUUCAUGGAGAGGAUUUUCCAACACACCAGAGAAAUGGUCCAGACUGAGCGCUAUCAGAAAGAACUGGUUGCAGGUAGUGGAUUUAACUCCUGUGACUCCUACGCUUUGGCUGCAGCCAUUAACAACACUCUGGUGACAGAGAGUGAACAGGUGGCUGUGACAGUGGAGCUGAAGGGGACGUACACCCGAGGCAUGAUGGUGCUUGACUACUUGGACCUGCUGCACAAGAAACAUAAAGUGUUCAUCAUGAAGAAAUUUGACUUGGAGAGGUUCAGACAAAUGUUGAUGGACGCACUGAAAUAGCAUGAAUUCCUCGGACCUGCUUCAGAGACACAUGGAGUUGAGUGACAUGCAGAUACAUGUCAUGCGUUUUACAUACCAGCACCUGAGUAGUACAUUUUGAUCAAGAUAUAGAACUUUACCUGCUUAUAACAAUUACCAUCAUACAUGAGCAUGACAAGAUUAAUCCUGAUCUGUUAAGAUUUUACUGAGAUAUACAUAUACUGAGAAUUUUAAUACAUAUGUAUAUAUAUACAUAUAUAAAAAAAUAUACAUAAUGUUGUAUUUUUUAGUGUAUGAAAAGAACAACAACAUAGUGUAAAGUUUCUCUGCUUUAACUGAAGCAGGGCAGGACAAAGUGCCACUAAUAACUUUAUAAAA